AUGUCAACCCCGAGCUUCCCAGAAAUCAUCCCCGGCACCGAUGGACCGGCGGAUUCAGAAACCCUCGGAUACACACUAAAUCACCACGCCAUUCUCGUCAGCAAUCUUACCAACACACGCAAAUUCUACGGCGACGUGCUUGGAAUGCGACACGUCUUCACCUUCCGAUUGAACCCGCAAUGGUCUUUCAUGUUCUUGGGUCACGCGCAGGGCGGAAAGAACGGGACUGGGUUUCAAGAUGCGGCGACGAUUGAAAUGGAAAUGAGGAAUAGAGAGGGCUUAUUAGAAUUUCUCAGCUACGAAGGUGCUACACCUCCGCCAACCCAAACACGUCCUCACUCAUCCUUUUCACAUCUGGGGCUCGUCGUCCCUAAUAUCCUGGCCGCGCAAGCUCGAAUGGAAGCAAAAGGCGUUACGAUUGUCAAAAGAGUGGGUGAUGCAGCGCAUGCCGAAUCGGUUAUUCCUGCUGCUUUCGGGUUUCCUGAUAAAGAUGCUUUUCAAGAGGCGAGUCCUGGGCUUCAAAUGCUGGGCUUUGAUGGGGUGUUGAUUAUUGCUGAUCCUGAUGGGAAUUUACUGGAGGUGAUGCAGCAAUAA